AUGAUCCAGGCGCUGCUCGAUCAUCCUGAAGUUGACCCCAAUCUGGCUAGUGAUGAAGGAGGAACGCCAUUGGCUGAGGCAAUAUGCCCUCGGCAUCAGACAAGCCACAGUUUUAAAAGGGUUGCACAACUUGUCAAGCUCUUUCUCAACAACAAAAAUGUUGACAAGACUGCUCCAGACCAUAAUGGGGAUACCCCCCUUCUCCACGCCUCUCGCUCAAGCGUUGAGAUUCUUAACAUGCUGCUUCCAUUCUUUGAAGGAAAUGUUUGGCACCGAAACAAGGAAUGGAAAACGGCCCUUGACAUAGCAGCCGUAUCUGGUAAGCCCGAUAUUGUCGCCCGGCUCCUUGACCCGAGUCUUCAAGUGAUGGACACGGACUUGAUUGUUUCAAACGCCCUCCAUAAGGCACACCAGUACUAUAUCGCUCCUCAUCCGCCCCCUACCUGGGUGGAGUGCAAUCUCCCCGAGGUCGAAGUGGCGAUGGGAUUACUGAAGGUGCAUUUGGAGAAGAUGCGCUGUUAG